CCCCGCUGUCUCCUGCUGUUGCUGCUGCUUGACUAGCUUGCUGCCUCCUGCCUCUCCUUUCUCUCUCUGCUUAGCGCCUUGCCUUCUGAUACCACUCCCAGUAUGGAGACCAAUCAGUCUGUACAGCUGUCGGGGGAGCCACAGUCAACACCUGUGGGGGACAGUUCAGUAUUGCCCAGUCAAAAUGGCCUGGAGAAGCAAGAUGAUCAGGAUUCCUCAACCCCACUCCCAGCACCUGAGGAGGAGGCAGGUGUGCAGCCUGAACGAGGAGUCCAUGAUAUCUCUGAAGAACUGAACCGACAGCUGGAAGACAUCAUUAACACGUACGGGUCUGCUGCCGGCACGGCAGGGAAAGAGGGUCCCACCAUGGCCAAGGAGCAGCCUGAGAACACGGCACCACCCGACAGUGAGGACAGGGACUGCGAGGAGGCCGCUGAAGAGACGGAGAGAGAACCUCCGGCCUCUGGAGAGCCGCCCACAGCCAAAGAGCCUGUCAGCAAUAAAGAGCAAAAACUGGAGAAGAAAAUUCUAAAAGGAUUAGGCAAAGAAGCCAAUCUGCUAAUGCAAAACCUGAACAAGUUGCAAACUCCUGAGGAAAAGCUUGAUUUUUUAUUCAAGAAGUAUGCUGAAUUGCUGGAUGAGCAUCGCACUGAGCAAAGGAAGUUAAAACUCCUACAGAAGAAACAGGCACAGAUCCAAAAAGAAAAGGACCAGUUACAAGGUGAACACAGCAAAGCUAUCCUUGCACGAAGCAAACUGGAGGGUCUGUGCCGGGAGCUGCAGAGACACAACAAGACACUGAAGGAGGAAACCCUUCAGAGGGCACGUGAGGAAGAAGAGAAAAGGAAGGAGAUCACAAGUCAUUUCCAGAGCACCCUCACAGAUAUCCAGGCCCAGAUCGAGCAGCAGAGUGAGCGAAACAUGAAGCUCUGUCAGGAGAACACUGAGCUUGCAGAGAAACUAAAAAGCAUCAUUGAUCAGUAUGAGCUCAGAGAGGAGCACCUGGACAAAAUAUUUAAACACAGAGAACUGCAGCAGAAGCUGGUGGAUGCAAAACUCGAGCAGGCGCAAGAAAUGAUGAAGGAAGCAGAGGAACGACACAAACGUGAAAAGGAAUAUUUGCUGAACCAGGCAGCAGAGUGGAAACUUCAAGCCAAAGUGCUGAAGGAACAAGAGACAGUCCUGCAGGCUCAGCUUACUGUCUACUCCGGAAGGUUUGAAGAGUUUCAGAGCACACUGACAAAAAGCAAUGAAGUGUUUGCCACCUUCAAACAGGAAAUGGAGAAAACCACUAAGAAAAUGAAGAAGCUGGAAAAGGACACAGCCACGUGGAAAGCUCGGUUUGAGAACUGUAACAAAGCUCUGUUGGACAUGAUUGAAGAGAAAGCAUUGAGAGCUAAAGAAUAUGAGUGCUUCGUGAUGAAAAUUGGAAGGCUGGAGAACCUCUGCCGAGCUUUACAAGAGGAGAGAAACGAACUCUAUAAAAAAAUUAGAGAAACAAAAAUGCCUGAAAAGGAUGACCAAGGUCAGCUCACCUCUGACGACGACGAGCCAGAGUCAAGUACCUCCGUGGGUGAAGAGGCUGAUGCGGAGGAAGCCAACGUUGUUCACAAUGCUGUGCAAAAUCUGGCCGCGGCCUUCAUGGUCAUUCAUCGUCCAGAGUCAACCCUCGAGGCGUCCAAAGAAAUCCAAACAGAAGUCAGCAGUCCUCAAGGGGGCGGUGGCACGGCCCUCAUGGGGCUGGAACAAGCCCCUCUGAGCCCAGCAUGCCAUUCAGGGAGUCCCCUGCAACCCCCAAGUCCUCAGGCUGAGGCGGAGGGAGGCAACGAGGCAGAACCUCCCCUCAGAUCAGGGUCAGGAGCACAGGCCCAAGGCAAUGGUCCCCCUGCUGGACCACAGGCUGAUCCGCAGCCCCGGAAGCCAGAGGCAGCAUUUUCCAGCCAGGCCGCGGAGCCUCCGGCAGAAGCGUUUCUACGGGAGAUGGAGGCCAACGCGCAGCCCCGGAAGCCAGAGGCAGCAUUUUCCAGCCAGGCCGCGGAGCCUCCGGCAGAAGCGUUUCUACGGGAGAUGGAGGCCAACGCGCAGCCCCGGAAGCCAGAGGCAGCAUUUUCCAGCCAGGCCGCGGAGCCUCCGGCAGAAGCGUUUCUACGGGAGAUGGAGGCCAACGCGCAGCCCCGGAAGCCAGAGGCAGCAUUUUCCAGCCAGGCCCCGGAGCCUCCGGCAGAAGCGUUUCUACGGGAGAUGGAGGCCAACACGCAGCCCCGGAAGCCAAAGGCAGCAUUUUCCAGCCAGGCCGCGGAGCCUCUGGCAGAAGCGCUUCUACGGGAGAUGGAGGCCAACACGCAGCCCCGGAAGCCAGAAGCAGCAGCUUCCGGCCAGGCCCCGGAGCCUGCGGCAGAGGCCUUUUUAUGGGUGAUGGAGGCUGGCGGUCGUGCCCCGCUGCCCGCAGCGGGAGAGCAUGUGCCAGCUGGGGAGUCUAGAUGUGAGCCCAGGAGGCAGCCCUCAGCAGCAGCAGCAGAGGGGCUGCCAGGAGGGGCCUCAGCUGGGCCCCCGCUGCCCGAAGUGGCCGACACCAAUCUGGAAGGAGUCGACUAAGCCUCCUCUGCCUUCUGAGGCUGUUCUUCCCGACUUUCCAUCGUCCUAACAGAUUGUCUCCUGAAAGAGGCAUUAAGGGCUGGGGACGUCUAAUGGAAGAGACUUAUUUAGAAUCAAGACAUUUUAAUAUGUUAUGCGGAGUACCUUCAGCCUUUGCUAUUUGUUCUCAAUUUAUAACUGAUUUGGAGCUUUUCUAUUUAACACUGAUAGGAUAAUUUUCUCAAAUGGCAAGAAAACAUACGAGUAGCAAAUUUAUAUUAAUUUGCCAUUAAGAUGGUACUUAAUUCAAUUUCUUAAUCAACAGUAAGAUUUGGUGUUUAAAGACUCCCAUCACAAUAUAUAAAUACUGAAAAUGUGAUGCUUUAUUUAUUUCCAGAGAGUUUAAUAAGUGCCAUAGUAAGUAAUGGA